AUGAACAAACUGACCUUCCACAACAACAGAGUCAUGCAGGACCGACGCAGUGUUUGCAUCUUCCUUCCCAACGACGACUCCCUCAACAUCAUCAUCAACGUGAAGAUUUUGUGCAAUGAGUUACUGGUGCAGGUGUGUGACCUCCUGAGGCUGAAGGACUGUCACCUCUUUGGGCUCAGCGUCAUCCAGAACAAUGAGCACGUGUACAUGGACCUGGCCCAGAAACUCUACAAGUACUGCCCCAAGGAGUGGAAGAAGGAGGCCAGCAAGGGUAUCGACCAGUUUGGCCCCCCAAUGAUCAUUCACUUCCGAGUGCAGUACUACGUGGAAAACGGGAGGCUCAUCAGUGACCGCACCGCGCGCUACUACUACUACUGGCACCUGCGGAAGCAGGUGCUGCACUCGCAGUGUGUGCUGAGGGAGGAGGCUUAUUUUCUCCUCACUGCCUUCGCCCUCCAAGCUGACCUCGGAGACUUUAAGAGGAACAAGCACUGUGGGAAGUACUUCGAUCCUGAAGCCUAUUUCCCCUCCUGGGUGGUUGCAAAGAGGGGCAAGGACUAUAUCCUGAAGCACGUCCCCAACAUGCACAAAGACCAGGUUGCCCUGACAGCCUCUGAAGCCCAUCUCAAGUACAUUAAGGAGGCUGUCCGGCUCGAUGAUGUGGCUGUGCACUACUACAGGUUGUACAAGGACAAAAGGGAAGUGGAGGCCUCCCUGACACUGGGGCUGACAACACGAGGCAUCCAGAUCUUCCAGAACUUGGAUGAGGAGAAGCAGCUGCUCUACGACUUCCCUUGGACAAAUGUGGGGAAACUGGUGUUUGUGGGCAAGAAGUUUGAGAUCCUGCCAGAUGGGCUUCCCUCGGCCAGGAAACUCAUCUACUACACAGGCUGUCCCCUGCGCUCCAGGCACCUCCUGCAGCUGCUGAGCAGCAGCCACAGGCUCUACAUGAACCUGCAGCCUGUCCUGCGCCAGGUCCGCAGGCUGGAGGAGAACGAGGAGAAGAAGCAGUACCGCGAGUCUUACAUCAGUGACACCCUGGACCUGGACAUGGAGCACUCUACUGCCAGUCACAGCAGCUCCCACACCUCUGGCAUCGAGGCCGACCCCAAGCCCAGGGAGGUGGGGCCUGAGGACACCUUCUCGGGCGCCAGUGCCCACCGCAAGCUGAAGACCUGCAGCUCCAUGACCAGCCACGGCAGCUCCCACACCUCCGGCGUGGAGAGCGGAGGGAAGGACCGGCUGGAGGAGGACUCUCAGGAUGAUGAAAUUGAGAUGCUGGUGGAUGACCCCCGGGAGCUGGAGCAGGCAGGAGAGAUGGAGGUGAGCCCUGACAUGUGUGUCUACAUCACAGAGGACAUGCUGCUGUCACGCAAGUUCAACGGGCACUCGGGACUUAUUGUGAAAGAGAUCAGCUCCUCCACCUCCAGCUCCUCAGAGACAGUGGUGAAGCUGCGGGGGCAGAGCACUGACUCCUUACCCCAGACAACCUGCAGAAAGCCAAAGACGUCGACAGACCGGCACAGUCUGAGCCUGGAUGACAUCAGGCUCUACCAGAAGGACUUCUUACAACUGGCCAACCUGUGCCAGGACACAGCACAGAGCUACACCUUUGGCUGUGCCCAUGGGCUGGAGGAGGAUGGGCUCUACUGCAAUGGCUGUUUGGCCCAGCAGUGCAUCAACAUCCAGGAGACCUUCCCAGUGAAAAGAACCAGCAAAUACUUCUCCUUGGAUCUCACCCACGACGAAGUCUCCGAGUUCGUCGUCUGA